CUGUCCCUGUCCCUGUGUGUUUCAGUCGAUCCGUCGUUUCGAUUGUGGAAUGACUGUUUUGGACUGGGAGUAGCGACUCAUCGAAAAGAGAGGGAGAGAGAGAGACAGUUUCGGUUUGGAGCUCGACCCGAGGAUUGACAAUGUGCAGAUCGCUGAUAUUAUUCCUCCUCAACAGCAUCGAGUUUUACAUACGUCCUCUCGCCUCUUCCUACAGUGUCGACGACAUGUGUGAUAAAAGGACUAUGUGGAAAACGUACUGUCAGUGACAUAACACCGAAACACGACGACGACAACAACAACAACAACAACAACAAUAACAAUAACAGCAGCAACAGCAGCAGCAGCAGCAGCAACAACAACAACAACAACAACAACAACAACAACAACAACAUCAUCAUUAAUUACGACAACGACAUUGAUGGCAAAUUCGCUUAAGAGAAACCGGUCACGUCGCCGUUUGGCCGCCGUCACCUUCCUUUCGAACAUCUCCCUCGACGGGAGCUACAGAGAUACGACUCUCGCUCUUCUGCCCCGCAAUGGGGCCAUCAACAAAGCGAACGUCACGCAGAUGACGGUGACGGAGGAGUCUGACGGUCAGGACGACUGUUUUAGCGAUUCCGAACAUAUUUUUCCGAGGGAGAAACGAAUCUUCAAUCCGAAGAAACGAGUGCCCAAAUACAAUUCCAAUUCGAACGAUGUGCAUUCCCUCAGUUCGGAUUCCGAGAGUGUCAUCACCCCCAUCAAGGGUACCUUUGAAGAUGUGCAGAGGACAAUUACUUUUAGGGAAAGAAGCGGCACGUCGGGCAGCGAAUUCGAACACCGACGCAGUCUGUCGUCGAAGGUGGCCGGACCGAAGAGGACUCACCGCCACCAAAACUCCAUCUCGAGCGAAACGGACCGGCCGCUCUACGGGAGCAGCUGCGAGAGUCUCGGCCCCAUUAUAGGGAUGGGUUCGCGGUCGAAAGCCUCCCCCAGUCCGGCCACGAUCCCGGAGGCGGUCAAGAGGGAGAUCAGAGUGUUCAGACCGACGUCCCAGCACAAGUUCAGGGACGAGAGGAUCGUCAUGGUCACGUCCAGGAACGUGCCCUUCCUCGUCUGUUCGGUGAUUCCGUACAGGAAGAACGCAAGGACGGAAUGGAAGAAGGAGGGGAACCGCAAAAGAACGACGUCCGGGACGAGACCGCUGUCGUCGAUCGGAGACGGUUUGGACGCUUUCGACUCUUUGGGCAUCGAACGUGGACCCGACGGACAAGAAGUUUCGUACGCGUAUCUCCUGAUACCCAGCAAAAACCCGAAGGAUUUCAGGGAACGUAGGAUCAACACGAUCGACGAUCCGACAGAACCCGCUCCGACUUCGGCGCGACCCCAUCACGUCAUUGCCAGGACAAAAGUUAUAACUUGGCAGCCAAAAUAUAAAUGGUGCUUUUCGUACGAUCAGGGCGCCCAAAGAGCGACCGCCCACGUAGUGGCCGCCCAUUCGCCACCGGCGUCGGUGGCGGCGGCGACGGCGGAUUUCGCCAAAGACGAACCGUGCACCGCUGCCUCAACCUCGACCUCGUCCACCACCACCGGUUUCGUGUACCAUCCGAAUCUGUUGGACGAUCCCGAACUGAUUGCGGGCAAGCAUCGCACUCUCCUGACAUUCACUUCGUACAUGACUUCGGUCAUCGACUACGUGAGGCCGUCCGAUCUGAAGAAGGAAAUCAACGACAAGUUCCGCGUCAAGUUCCCACACAUUCAGCUCACCCUCAGCAAACUCAGGAGUCUGAAAAGAGAGAUGCGCAAGAUCGCGAAAACGGAAUGCAACAUCGACCUGCUGACUGUCGCACAAGCGUACGUCUACUUUGAAAAGCUGAUCCUCAGAGGACUGAUCAACAAACAGAACAGGAAAUUGUGUGCAGGAGCGAGUUUAUUGUUGAGCGCCAAACUGAACGACGUAAAAGGUGAUGCGUUGAGAAUUUUGUUUGAGAAAACCGAAACGGUGUUCAGAUUGAACCGCAAAGAGUUGGUGUCGGCAGAGUUUGCGGUUUUGGUGGCUCUCGAGUUUGGAUUGCACGUGCCCACUUGGGAGGUGUUUCCCCAUUAUCAGAGGCUGUUGUACGAGUCUUGAUUGGAUUUUGCCAACGUUUGCCAUGCGUUUGUUGCAUUCAUGUUCCAAUUCAGUACAUGUAAUCCCGAAUCACACCGUGUGUGUCCAUUUAAUGGGAUAAAAUUAACCACACAUUAUAUAUUUCUACGUGUAUUCAGAAGAAACGUCGUGUUCUCUUCUUCUUUUUGUUUUUGUGACAGAAAAUAUUUGCUGUGUAUAAAUUAGGGCUGUACUGAAGUAGUGAUUUCAUAGAAAAAAAAAAAUAUUUUAAUCUGGUUAGUCAAUUAUUGUACUUUAAAUGGAAUGUUAUUUUGUAUGUAAGACUUGUUAUUUGUUCGAUUUUAUUCCUUUCUAUUAUUGUUUUUCCUUUUUAUUUUUGAAAUUUUUAUUGCCAAUUUACUUAACGUAUUUUUUAUCAUUCUUAAAAUAAACUCAAACUUAUAUAUAUGUACUUAUUUAUAAUAAAUAUGAAUGUUUCAUUUUUUGUGACAACUCCUAACUACUCAAGUUUUUAACAUUGUUUUGAUACGUCAUGCGAAAUAAACAGAUAUAUGAUGCACCUU